UCCUGCUCUGUUGAUUCCUACAAAUAUAUCUUCUGCAUUUGAACUCAAAACCACACCUUCAGCAAUAUCCAGUCAGCACCAUGUCUGAUGAUGACCUGUCAGCCCUGGUAAUAGAUAAUGGGUCAGGGAUGUGCAAGGCUGGCUUUGGUGGCGAUGAUGCCCCUCGGGCUGUGUUCCCCUCUAUCGUUGGACGCCCUAGACAUCAGGGUGUCAUGGUAGGGAUGGGCCAGAAGGACAGCUACGUUGGAGAUGAAGCCCAGAGCAAGAGAGGCAUCCUCACCCUGAAGUAUCCCAUUGAGCAUGGGGUAGUCACCAACUGGGAUGACAUGGAGAAGAUCUGGCAUCAUACUUUCUAUAAUGAGCUCCGCGUGGCUCCUGAUGAGCACCCCAUCCUACUCACUGAGGCGCCCCUUAAUCCCAAGAUCAAUCGGGAGAAGAUGACCCAGAUCAUGUUUGAGGCAUUCAACACGCCUGCCAUGUAUGUCGCUAUCCAGGCUGUCCUGUCCCUCUAUGCUUCUGGACGUACUACAGGCAUCGUCAUGGACUCCGGAGAUGGGGUCACCCACACUGUGCCUAUUUAUGAAGGGUAUGCCCUGCCCCAUGCUAUCCUGCGCCUGGAUUUAGCAGGUCGGGACCUGACUGACUAUCUCAUGAAGAUUCUCACUGAACGUGGCUACAACUUCACUACUACAGCCGAGCGGGAGAUAGUACGGGAUGUCAAGGAGAAGUUGUGCUAUGUUGCCUUGGAUUUUGAGCAAGAGAUAGCCAGUGCUGCCACAUCGUCUUCCCUGGAGAGGAGCUACGAGCUCCCUGAUGGGCAGGUAAUCACCCUUGGGAAUGAACGCUUCCGAUGCCCUGAAGCCAUCUUCCAGCCAUCUUUCCUGGGCCUUGAGUCCAGUGGGAUCCAUGAGACAACUUUUAACUCCAUCAUGAAAUGUGAUGUGGAUAUUCGCAAGGACCUCUAUGCCAACAUUGUCCUCUCUGGGGGUAGCACCAUGUACCCUGGCAUUGCUGAUCGGAUGCAAAAGGAAAUCUUGACCCUGGCACCCAGCACCAUGAAAAUCAAAGUCAUCGCUCCUCCGGAGCGUAAGUACUCAGUCUGGAUCGGUGGUUCCAUUCUGGCCAGCCUGUCUACCUUCCAACAGAUGUGGAUCAGCAAACAGGAAUAUGAUGAGUCUGGUCCCCCUAUUGUCCACAGAAAAUGCUUCUGAAUGGACUUCUGCCUACUGAAUGGGGUUCUGGGCUUAGAACUAUCCCUUUAGGAGCAGCUUAGGUGGCUCAAUGGCUAAAGUGCCAGGCCUAGAGAUGGGAGAUAAUCGUCUCAGACACUUCCUAGCUGUGUCACCCUGGGCAAGUCAUUUAACUCCAAUUGCCCAGUCCUUACUGAUCUUCUGCCAUAGAAUUGAUCAAUUCUAAGAAAGAAGGUAAGGUUUCUUUAAAAAGACAUUGUGAGGGAUGGGAGAAAGGAGGGAAGACAACUACAAUGGUGAUGAUCCAAUUCCUCCUUCCUCUCUUUUUGUGAGGUAAUUUAUCCACCCUUCUACAAAUCCCAGCUUCUAAUUCAGGUCUUGUCCCCUGUCUCCAUGGGAAGAGGUGAACAUAUUCACAAUCUAGAGAAGCAAUGCUGUAAUUGCAGUGCUGGUGGAGAAAUUGGUGGUGGGGCCUUUGAAAGAAGAUUCUUGACUGUAAAUU